UCGACUCGCGUCACCAUGGAAGCGCUCAGUUUGCGACAUGUAUUCGCCAUUUUGCUGCCUCAGUGUGUGUAUGUGUAUGUGUGGGCUCCUCUCUGUGUGAAUACCUCUGUAGCUUUCAAACAUUCAACACUCCAGGCACCAGCUGAAACAACCACGGAAAAUGUCUGCACUUAGGAGAACCGUAGCUGCCGCACCAUGACACGGACAUUUGGACGACGUAACGUUAGAUAGUCUCGCUGCGCGUCAAGAAAGAGGACUGGGGGAGAAUGCGAGCUUGACAAUCAGGAGAGUGGUUUCUCAUCACCAACCACUCAGGAUGACAGCACCAAGUAAAGAGGAGGAAUAUUAUUGUCCUCACAGGAUUGUGUUCGCCUCUUUAAAUUCUCAAAUCUGACCACAACCACAAGACCACCAAUAAUGAUACCAGGAUUGAUCUCCCAGGAGUUACACGAGCUGCUCCUGGACCUGAAGAAUUACCAGAAUCGCACCAAUGGGGUGGAAGAUCUCAAACACAUCCUCUCAGAAGUGGACAUGCAAUCGGUCCCGUCUGGCAGUAUUGAGGAGUUCAUCUGUUUUCUCCCUCGACUUCUGGAUGACAGUAAUUUUAAAGUGUUGUAUGGCACGUUGCAAGUUUUAAACUUACUCAUUCAGAAGCUCGAUACAGGUGUGGAUAGAUAUUUCAAGCAGAUAGUCUUAGUGGCUCUGAAGGCCCUGGGGGACACUCGCACCGUCACCAAAAAUGAAUACAUGAAUGUGUUUCGACAGCUGAUGAAAACUGUUGCACCGCAACAAGUGUUGGAUCUUGUCAUCGGCAACUUGAAACACAAGAAUUCAAGGGUUCGGGAAGAUGUCCUUAACAUCAUCAUGGCAGCUAUGCUCACUCAUCCUAGAAAAGAUUUCAACAUCCCCAAGCUUUGUUUUGACGUCGCACCAUACCUGGCAGACAGCAAAAGGAAGGUCCGCCACGCCGCCCUUGAGCUGUUUGCUGUUUUGGACUAUUGCCUUGACACAGGGAAAAAGCAGCCUCUAAUGAAAGCUGUGGAUAUGGUUGAACUCAAUGAGGACGCAGAGGGUCUUAUGGCAGCUGUACAGGCAAGACGAGCAAGGCACGUCCUUCCCAAACUCUCCUCAGAGGGGAUAGUGGAGUAUGGCUUGGUGGUCCCCAAACCAGGACAUCGGAGCUCAAUGCAGUAUGGUUCUGGAGCUGAUCUGGACUGGGUGAUGAACGGAGGGCGGGUAAGCAGUGCCAGGAGCCACAGAACUGAACCAGACUGCGACCGACUCUAUGGCUAUGGCAGCCUGGGCUCCCUCACUGAUGACCUCCCACUUCAAAGGAGGAUUGUUAGCGCGGGUAAAGGGAAGAACAAACUACCCUGGGAGAUGUCAAGCUUCUCAUCUACCGAGAAUGAUCAGCAAUGCAGUACCCCGAAUGGAAAGUGCUCUGAAAAGGUGGCCAGUGAGGAUUUUCUUCCCCUGUCAAGGAAGCUGAGUCCUGAAACCUACAUACCCAGUUUCAGUUCUGCACAGCCUCAGAAGCCACAAUCCUCCAGAAGGAGGGAGUCUCCUGCACGUCUCAGAAGAAGUGGAAGCCUCAACUUGGACCCCGACAUCUUUAAAACCACCAACUUCUCUGACCCAGAUGUUGUGGCACCCAAGGGACACAUGCUCUCAAGGAACCCCAGUGUUGAGCGCACGUUUUCCCUCCCCUCAAACCCCACCACGUCCGGAUCCUUCCUACUGCCCUCCUACCCACUGGCUACUCUCCCAGGAGGUGUGCUCACUCCAACACUAUCCCGCCGUCGUGCAGACUCCUCCCUCUCUAUGUCCAACACUUGGCCAAACAAGAGAGAGAACACCCCUCACCAGCGAGACACGAGUCCCUGGAGAGACACAGCAGGCACAGUAAAGGGAGACCAGCUCUCUAGCAGAUGCUCUCCCCGGCCUCUUCGUGCUUCCCUUGUGAGUUCCUCUUCCACUUCAUCAUUCCGCCGGGCUCUGAGCAGCACCAGGGCAACUCUAUCUAUCUCGCCAGUUGUCCCGACAGCAGAGCAGGUCCAGUCCCAUAAUGGCCAGAGGUCCAAUGCUCCAGGCAGCCCUCAGAAUCAGCAGCUAGAAAGGGACCUUCAUCUGGAUCCUGAUGGCAUCAAUGUGGGGCGAGACCCUCAGGAGGAUGAUCCUCUGGACAUGCAGGAGAUGCUGAACUCCCUGCGCUCAUUGCGCAACAGCGCAGCCAAGAAGAGGGCUAAAGUGAGCCUCAGCAGUUCAGAUCCGGAUCCAGACAGCCCUGACUCAGCUGUGAGGCUGGACCUGGGUCUGGACUCACCAUCAUACACCUCUCCGAUGCUUACCAGCUCAGCCAGUGAGAGCGGCCUUUCCAGUCUGAGCUCAGUCGCCAAUUCCAGCAUCAAUGGCAUCAAAGCCAGAUUCCAGAGAGUCUCCCCUCUUCAUAUUUGGCAGAAUAUGUCAACUUCCAACUUGCUAUGUCCUGGAAGCUCUGCCUCUUCAGGAAUGAAACCUCGCAUUGCAAGAGUGCCUUCUGCAAAACUGAGGUCUUCUGUGUCCAUGGACUUCAGCAGCCUUCAAGGAUUGUCUCAGAGAAACGAGCUGUCAUCUGAGGUGGGUGUUGUUGGGCAGAGAGUCACUUACUCCAACGGAACAAUCAAAACUGAGGAGGACACAUCGGGACCAUCUCCGCCAUUGGUCAAACCAGCCAUCCGUGAAUCUGUCAGAGCUCUAAAGCCGGCCAAAGGUUCUCAGAGCCACAGCAGCAGGAACUCACCAGCCACAGAUAUGCCUGAAGGAGUCAUUGGAAGAGGCAUGUUUGGCACGGCAGCGUCCCCCAGCUCUCCAGGAGCCGCCUUGUCACUUGAGCAGGGUGAUUCUGUGGCCAAGCCCCCUGCUGAUCCCUCGGCAGGCGUCUACAGCCAUGCUCUGUCUGGCAGUCACCUAGACAGCGAUGACAGCCCACGUCCAGAUGAGGUUAAGCAGAGGGUGAAGAAUUCAAGAUUUAACCGGGAUAAGACGCGACUGCAGUGUCUGGAGCAGCAAGAGGAGCAGUGCAGUCAAGCGGACCAGAAACGAGAAAAGAUUCGCCACCGUGUCAGACAGAUGCUGUCUGACUCACCCACAGACGAGAGUAGAGCAUUAAUCAUCAAAGAGCUGCAUCUGAACGGCAGCACAGUGGCUUCCACAAAAGCUGACCUUCUCUCUGAUGAGUCCCCUAUCAGCCCCACCAGUCCCGCCAGCCCACCAGGACCUCAAAGCCCCAUUAAGUGCUUCACUCCACCCCACCAGCCAAGCCCCCCCACGGUGCCCCCCAACCCCAAAAACCCGUCCCGUCUCAGGAGGGCACCCAGCCUCAGCAGAACCCGACCAUCGCUGUCACACAGCUCAGAUGAGCUGUCCCCUGGUACUGUGGGCUACAAGAAGAAUCUCUCAGAGCCUCCGGAGCUGUGUCCUUUUUCCAAGCCUGACCUGGCGCUGACACAGAGCUUCAACCUGCUGAGCUCCGAAGACUGGGAGAAGAAGAUAGAGGGUCUAACAUUUCUGCGCAGUCUGGCUGUCUACCACUCAGACACACUCCAGGGCAGGCUUCAUGAUGUCUGCCUGUCUCUCAUUCAAGAGGUGAAGAACCUGCGGUCCAGUGUCUCCAGGGUCGCAGUAUGUACACUGGGCGAUCUGUACACCCACCUGCAGAAGGCAAUGGACCAGGAGCUGGAGGGAACAGUUAAAGCAUUACUGCAGAAAGCCGGGGAGAGUAACGCCUUCAUUAGGCAGGAUGUGGAUGCAGCGUUGGGCUGCAUGGUUAAGCACUGCACGCCAACUCGUUGCAUCAAUGCUUUGCUCUCUGGGGGACUAAGUCACCUCAACGCAGUGGUGAGAAAAUGCACCGCCCAGCACCUGGCUGAUCUGGUGGAGAAGGUUGGUGCUGCCCGUCUUCUGUCUGGAGCCAAAGAUCUCACAGAUAGAAUCUUACCUGCCGUAACCAAACUCGCACAGGACUCCUCACAGGAAGCCAGGUACUUUGGGCGACGAAUGCUGCUGUCCCUCUCGUCCCACCCUGACUUUGACAAGAUCCUGGAGAAAUAUAUCCCCACCAAAGACCUGCCGACCGUCAGAGACACUGUCUUCACUCUCAAGACAAAGGGUCUUGGUGAGAUGCCCCAAGACACGCAGUCAGCCAGAGGUAGACGCUCCCUCCCAGGUAGCGGGACAGUCAGAGCCUCAUCUCUCACCAGAGAGCCACUCAACCAGACCAACAGGGAGUCUAACAGCCAUUACAGCUGUAGAUCUCAGACGCAGAGUAUUGCAGACAAGACUGAAUACAUCAAGCAGAUCUCAGGUCUGCUGGGUUCAAAGGACUUCAGAGAGAGGAUCAAGGGGAUCGACCAGCUAGCAGCUGACUGCCAGAGCAACCCCAACAUGGUCAUCAAUAGUAUAUUCCCGGUGUUUGAUGCCUUCAAGGCCAGGCUGCAGGAGUCCAACAGCAAGGUCAACCUGUACGCCCUCGAGUCUCUGCAGAAGAUCAUCCACUUGUUGAAGGACAACCUGUCCCAAGUGGUCAACAUCCUGGUCCCAGCAAUCGUGGACAAUCACCUCAACUCCAAGAACAACGCCAUCUACUCUGCUGCUAUUGGAGCUAUUAAUGCACUUAUCUUAAAUCUUGAUAACAUACUUCUUCUUCAGCCUUUCUGCACCAAGGCUCAGUUUUUAAACGGCAAAGCAAAGGUGGAUCUUAUCGAAAAGGUUGCAGACCUUGUGACAGAGCUCUACCCUCGCAAGCCCCAGAUGGUGGAGCAGAAAGUGCUUCCCUUGCUGUGGCACCUCCUGGGCACCUCCACCCACAGUGGUACCAUUCAUGGCCGGGGCGGCAGCGUGAGGGGUGCUACCGCCAACCUGUGCCAAGCCCUUUACGCCCAGAUGGGGCCCAGCCUGACUGAGUGUGCUGCCUCCCAGCCUGCCAAUAUCCACAAAGGUUUAAAUGAGGUCCUGAGGACCGUAUCCUAAAGGUAAAACAGAGUCCAAACAGAAUCUAAUGUUGGAAGAGAAGAACAUUAACACUGACCUUACUUGAAGACAGAGAUGUUCUACAUUUCUUACAGUGCCUGCACUUUUAUAUCAGUAAAGAGAAAGUCCUUUAAAAAGUAGGAGCUCUUAAUCUUAUCUCAGUGAGAUUUCCUCUGGUACAGACGCAUGGACAAUUGUAACAUACUGACAUCAGGUCUCACACACACACACACACACACACACACACACACACAACCUGCUCUCUUUGCACUUUGAAAAAGUAGCUCAUCAUCAUGAUAGACUUCAUGAGUUUUACAUUUUACCAUCCUAUGAUUGUCAUUGCUUUUUUUCAUAAUCUAAACAUGUACUGUAGACAAAUCAGAGACACUAUUGCAGAAUGUAAAAUUUGAAAUGCACAAAAAAAAGACGAGGAAGAAGACAGGGACCUGAAAGGUGUAUAUUUUUGCUGUAUCAUCAAAUGUGAUGUGAUAUUUUCAAAAUGUCUUAUGUAGUUGUUUUUUUGUGAAUUGAGAUUAACAAAACUAGUACAAGAUACUUUUGUACAGCUCAAAUGUGUAUUUGCACAGUAUUAGCUUCAUCUGUAAUCGUAUGCUGUAUAAUGGUACAGUUUAUAAUUUAUAUAUUGUGCAAUGGUUUCAAAGUCUUGUUAAUGAUGUGCUGAGCUGGUACCGUCUGUCUUUUUUUGCAUGACCAAAAUUAACUGGCAGGAUCAAAAUGUGUUUAUAUUUUUGUUAAGGAGAUAUAUAUGUACACUGAUGCCUAGAUCAAGGUGGGGUUGGAACCAAGUCUGCGGAUGGGGACAGCGUGAAAGGAAAAGGAGUUCAGUUUUUUACUCCAGCGGUUGCCUGAGAAACAGUGAAAGCCCGGAUCUGAUUGUGUCUCAGUAUAGUGCCAGUCUUCAAGUAGCCUUUUAACUCAUCUAUUGUUAAAUUAUAUUGAACUUGUUUGUGGACAAGAGCAAAGACAGAUUGAUAUAUAAAUAAAGUGUUUAUUUCUGUAAAA